GCUGUGUGUCUGUUCCCUAAAAGUACAUGAUGUGUAGAGUAGUAUUAAGGUUUAUUGCAGUUUUGUGGGCUUGGUGCAGGUGUGUUUAGUGGCCUGUUUGCCGGGAAUAUAACUCUGCAAUAAAACUGCAAUAAAGUCUGUGAUCGCAUCAGUCACCUGCUUUGAUCGGUUAUAAAGACUCACUCUGCCUCCGCCUGCAGUCAGUCAUCCAGGAGCCUCUUUUGUCCGUUUCACCGUCCUCCAGCUCUCCGUCCAUCUGCAUCCUGAUCAUGGCUGUGACCAACCAACCGGGUGGCUACCCGCCCACCGACUUCCAGACCGGCCUGUGUGAUUUCUGCGAUGACGCUGGAACUUGCUGCUACGGUAUGUUUUGCUUCUGGUGCCUCGGCUGCAGCAUCGCCAGCGACAUGGACGAGUGCUGCCUGUGUGGCGCCACCGUGUUAAUGCGCAGCGUCUACAGGACCAAAUACAACAUCAACGGGUCAUUGUGUAACGACUAUUUGGCGCAUAUGUGCUGUCCGUGCUGUGCCAUCUGCCAACUUAAGAGAGAUAUCGACCGCAGGAAGGAGCAAGGCAUUUUCUGAGCGGUAAAAGCGUCUCAUUUUACUUCACCUACACCACGUCACGAUUUGUCAUGUUAUCUUUAUGGAGCUGCUGAGACAAUGGAAAAUCACAUGUCUGCUUUAUGCCUUCUAGAUGGCGUCACGACACCCAACGGUCUGCUGGAUUUCUGUGCUCGUUGAAGCAUCUGUAGAUACGGCCCAUCCUCUCUCUGAUAAAGAUACUCAUCAAGUAUUUUUCGGUUUAAUUUUGCCGUUUAUGGUGUUGUAAAUUGCUAUCCUUGUAAUAUCUUAGAAUGACACUGCAUUAACUUCUUCCCGUCGGUUAAACAUUAGUCAGUGGGGACACG